AGCCCCCCGUCCUGCCCUGCCUGUUGCCCUCAGCUCAGACCGUCAGUCACACAAGUUGUGAAGAGAAAGGCGAGAAGAAAGAGGAGAGUUUGAUGUCAGAAUGAGUCUCCAACACAACAACCCAACGAUGGAAAGCACAGAUAGAUAGACAGACCGGUGAAGAGAUCUAUAGGUAGGCAGAUCGAUCACCUAUCAGUCAUCGAUUGGAUGUCAGCUGUGUGUAAAAUAGAAGGAAGGAGAAAAGGAGGAGAAACAUGAGUCGGCAACAGCAGCAAACACAGGGAGUGGUUUUAACGGGUUACCACAGCAACGCCGAAAUGUUGCCGAAAACUGGAACGUGUGCUCCCUGUCCCGCAGCCCAGGACCACGAGCCCAGCCGCAGAACAGGACACUACACUGUUCAACAGAACCAGAACACACAUCAUGGAGACAGAUCCGGGCCUGCCAGUACCACCAGCAGUACAAAACCCACCAGCACCGACCCGUCGUCCCUCCCCAAUCCGAGUGCGGCACCGGGCUCCAGGUCUCAGCAUUCCUCCAGCCCAAAGCCUGGCUCCAGCCCCCGGCAUAGUCCCAAUUCCAGGCUCAGGCCCCGACCCACAUGUGAGCGCUUCAACUCUCAGGACUCUCUGGACGAGCUGGAAAUGGAUGACUAUUGGAAGGAGGUAGAGAACAUCACUCGAUCGGGAGGAGAAGCAGGGAGGGGAGAAGGUGGAGGAGAAGGGGAAGUGCAAGAGGAGGAGCAGCAGAAAAUUCCUGAGGAGGGGGAGCAGGAGGAGGCGUGGCUUACAGAGGCGGGGCUAGCGCGGUUGUUCGAUGAUUCAUUGGCAGCUGACCAGGAUCAGGAAGAGGACAAUGCUGUGUUUCUGUCAACGCUGACCAGAACUCAGGCGGCGGCCGUACAACGGCGUGUGACUACACUACAGCAGACAUUGCUACGGCGACGCAACCGACAACACGUUCCCGAUGUUAGGGAUAUAUUCCGACCUCCGGAAAAGGAUGAGGAGCCUGGCAAAGGGGGAAGUGAGAAUGGACAAAAAGAUGUCACAUCAGCUGAAACGGAGACUGUAAUGAACGUUGAAGUGGCGUUUUCAGAGCAGGCACUCAGUUACAGGGACAACAAUCAAAGGUUAAAGGUCACCACUAGCAUGAACUCGCCUGAUGACAAACUGCCGAACUUUAAGUUGCUCCGAGAUAAAACAGGUCAGACCAGAAUAGGAGAUCUGUCUCCUCUGGAUAUGAAAAAGGUGCGUAGGCUUGCGCUUGUGGAGAUGACUGCUCUGUUUGAUACAGCUGGGAUAGACCUUAAGGCGCACAAAGCUGUCAAAGUUAAGACUAAAGAAAGCGGUCUAUUCGGUGUUCCUCUUGUUACUUUAUUGGAUCAGGACCAGAAGAGAUCUCCUGGGACCAAAGUGCCAUUCAUACUGCAGAGGCUUAUCAAUCAUAUCGAGGAGGAAGGAUUAGACACAGAGGGGCUGCUUCGAAUCCCUGGAGCAGCCACUAGAGUCAAGUCACUGUGUCAGGAGCUAGAGUCCUCUUUCUAUGACGGCAUAUUUCCAUGGCAACAGUUGAAACAGCAUGAUGCUGCUAGCCUUUUGAAGCUGUUUAUCAGGGAGUUACCGCAUCCAAUACUGACUGUGGAGUACCUCAACGCAUUUAUUGCUGUCAACAAGCUCCCCACAAAGAAGCAACAGCUGCAGGCUUUGAACCUGCUGGUGCUUUUGUUACCUGAGGCCAAUCGGGAUACUUUAAAGGCAUUGGUGGAAUUUUUCCAGCGUGUGAUUGACCAUCAGGCCAAGAAUAAAAUGACUCUCAACAAUGUGUCUGUUGUCAUAGCACCCAACAUCUUCAUGUUUAAGGGUUUCCGCUCCAAGGUUACAGAACAACAGGAGUUCUCCAUGGCAACAAGCACAGCCAACAUCGUGCGGCUGCUGAUUAGAUACCAGAAUCUUCUAUGGACAAUCCCCAAGUUCAUUCUGACCCAGGUCAGACAACAAAACAUGGAAAGUCAGCGGAAACAGAAUAAAGAGAGAGCUGUAAGAAAGCUGCUGAAGAAGAUGACCACUGAAAAACCACCUGACAAAGCUGUUCCUGAGGAGAGUUCACAGGGUUUUAUCCGCAUUCAGGCACCACACUUCAGUAAACGCUCUAUGGCAGUUGAGCUAACUGCAGAGUUACAGGCUGCUGAUGUAUUAGCACGUUUCCUCAGCCAAGAAAGCUCAGUGGCAGUGAAACAAGAAGAUUUGUGUCUCUAUGAGAUUGGUGGAAACAUCAAGGAGAGAUGUCUAGAUGGGGAAACGUAUAUGAAAGACCUCAUCCAGCUGAACCCUACAGCAGAGUGGGUCAUCAAAGCUGUGCAGCGAUGAACUCAUUCUCAUUAAAAUGCCCUGCUGGAUGCUGGACUGCUCCACAUUUUCACCACAGUGUCCUACUGAGAAGAGAAGUCACCUGUUUUCCUCUGGUUUUUGCCAGUUUUGGACAGAUUUAGACUCUUCACUUGUAGCAUACAGAUCUUUUAACAAAGGUGGUGAUGUAUGGUCUCACACACUUGGCUGGCAAUGUCCACCAAAAAAAUUCCAAAUAUCCCAAUGACAAAAUCAAUGAAAACCAUUGAACUGUGUGUGUGGUAAUACUGGUUGCAUUUUUUUAAACGAGCCAGGAAAUUACAGGGUUAUGUGCAAAAAUAGCCUUAGCUUUAUAGUUAUUCAGAUAUUUUUCACCCUUUCUUAUGCUACUUAUUUGAAUUUUGGGAUUGACGUACCACUACUCUGAAGUACCUGUUGUGCAGGUGAAAAGAAAACCACUUGUUUCACAAGACUUUGUCAUCUCUGCUCUCCUGUAAGACCACUGGUGGAACUGGUGGAACUACAUAAGGCAUUUCUCCCAGUUUGUCACAGCACUUGAGCCUCAAUAUUGUGAUUCCUAAUAUCCUGUGAUACUUUUACGUAUUGCACUUGUAUACUGUGAUUUAUUGCCACUAAUGACUUAGUUGUGUCCGCAGUAAUAAGCUCAAAUAAGCAUAAUAAUACAGUUUGGGGCAAUUAAAUAUCAAAUUCAUAUUAAUCAUGAAUCAUUUACAUAAAAUAAGUUUUAAAAGUGUAAGGUCCAUCAGAAAAAAAGGAAAAAUGAAUGGAAGGUGGGAUGGUAGGAUUUUUAGGAGGUCCAAAGUUGCAUGGUGCCCUCCAGAGGUGUGAGGCAAUGACGCAGAAUUGUGAGUUACAUAUGAGGGAGUGAAGGAGAGAGAGGACCUCAAAAGUGAGCGUCAGCCAUCAAAAACUGGUCAGAAUGACUCCACUAAUGUCGUCAUUGACAACUAACCGAGACACGCAAUGAGAACAUCACUGUUUUAAUGGUAUAUGAAUAUCUCUGUACACUAUAACUUUUUAAACCGUGGAUGUUUGAGUGUGUUAAUGUGUGAAUCCAUCUUUGAAAAACUGCUGCACACCAGUGGACAAAUGUGAACAAAAAACAUUUCCACAUUUUAAUAUGUAGCCUGUGUGCAAGCUCACGUAUAAGUUAGUUGCCUUACAAGUUUUGUACCAAAGACUUGAUUGAAUUAAAAAUUUGGUGGACUCUUAAGUGUUAAUUUUGAAGAUAUAAAUUGCUGACUGUGUGCACUAAAUGGCCUUGUUAAAUGAUACACACUCACAUGGUGUGUUCCACAAGUAUUUGGACACUAAAACUUUUAUAUUUUGAUUUUUGGCUCUAUAAGUCUUCACUGUCUGGAGAUCAGUGGAUAUACUGUUAAACAUUGGCAAAAGUUGCAUUUUGCCCAUAAUAGAAAAUCCCCAUUUUAUCUCUUUUGGCACAUGCUCUUUGCUUCUCUUGGCUUUCAAUAAAAUCUGAUUCUGUGUGCUUUCUCACAGCCGGUUGAGGAUCAUAUCUGCACCACAAAGUCACACAUCACGGUUUCUUUUGUGGAAAGCUGCGGAGUGUUAACAACAAAUAAUGUGCCGCAUUUCAAACAAUUUUUGAACUAAGUCUCUGUCAUUCCCUGCCUUGUAUCAUCUUGUUUACUGUGAAUGGGUUUUUUUCUCCAAAUGAUGAUGUCUUUGUCUUAUUUCUGUCUCUAAAAUGACCACUAAACCUGCCUGUAAAUAAACAUGUAGUUAUUAAUUACCGCA